GUUAGUAAUGUCCAUCGUCAGAAUUCAGAGCUUUCCUCGGACUUAGAUGUAAAAUGUUUGUUGAUUUGUAAGAAACAGUUCAAACCAUGAAUACCGCUGUCUUCGGGUUUGUUGCAUUAACUUUGCUCAUCAAACAACUUACGUUGGGCUUAGAUUCGAGCACACAAAAGUUACCUAAGCCUCGUCAUAUUUUGGAGUUGAGUCCUGAGGAAAAAGUCAAAUUUAUAAAUUCUUUUGAUUUGGUGUUUUCAGAUAUUGAUGGUGUUCUCUGGAAUCUUCACAAGGAUGUUGAAGGUGCAGCUGAAGGUUUUCAAGGUCUAACUAAAGCUGGAAAGAAACUCCUUUUCGUGACAAAUAACAGUGUUCGAAGUGAAAAUGCUCUUGAACAUCGUUUAAAAGAUCAUGGAAUUAAUGUAAAAAAUACAGAUAUCAUUCAUCCAGCAGAUAAUGUCGUCAAAUAUUUAUUGAGUAAAAAUUUCGAUGGGCUUAUUUAUUGCAUUGGAAGUGUAUAUUUUAAGACAAUUAUUCGAAAGGCUGGUUUUAAAAUUAUCGAUGGUCCAAAUAAAAUAUUCGAGGAAAGUUUCUCUGAUUUCGGACGACAAAUUUUUGAUAAGGAACCAGUUCGUGCUGUAGUCAUUGAUGCUGACUUUAAUUUAUCUGGAGCUAAAAUGAUGCGUGCUCAUUGGUAUUUAAAACAUCCCGAUUGUAUACUGAUAAUUGGAGCAACUGAUUCAAUGCUACCUCUAUCAAAGGAAAUUCAAAUUCUUGGUCCCGGUCCAUAUGGUAAAAUUUUGGCUGAAGCAAGUGGCAAAACUCCCAUUCUCAUGGGAAAACCUGGAAAAGAAUUGGCAGAUAUGCUUGUAGAUCGUUUUGAUAUUAAAGAUAGGAGCCGAGCUUUAAUGAUUGGUGAUAUGUUAGAACAAGAUAUUGGAUUUGGAAAAUUAAUUGGAAUGCAGACGUUGCUUGUACUAAGUGGUGGAUGUAAUAAGACUCAAAUGUUAGAGAAUAGAAUUUCUGGCCAGCAUCCUGAUUAUUAUGCCGAUACCAUGUAUGAUUUUGUUGAGUUUUUUGAAAGCUCGAAAUUGUAAGAGGAUUUUCUUAAACAUUUUUUUGUAUGAUAGGUCUUAGUUUUAAGCAAGUCAUAAUAACAUACUUACAUUAGUUCUAGAUAUACACAAUAAAUUACAUAUCAAUGAA